AUCAUUCGAUAUUGUUGCCUGGCGGACGCAAACCACAGGAGCCCGAGAACUAGCGCGUGAAAAAUAAGAUGAUCGCGAGUUUCGACGGUGGAAAAUAGGAAAUAAACGAAGAAGAAUCUAAAGUGCAACUGUGUGAUCUAGCGAGCGAGAAAGAGAAAGAGCGAAGAAAAUUUUUGCUUCUCGUUUGGGGAAAAAUCAUACUUGCUAUUAUCGAUAUAGGAAAAAACCGGAAUCUGUGGGCAACAUUGCGAUUAGUGGAUCUACAUAGCGGCGUUAAAAAGAGCCGAGAAGACUGGGUUUUCAUCAAUUGAAAACCCAAAUAAGUGCCAAACCAAGUCGUAUAGAACCGGAAGUGAAGUGAUAGCUUUAGUCCCGUACAUAAACGCUACAUAGUUACCGAGGCAUUUCGACAAAGACCAGGACGUCGGUGGAAAUAUUUAUAUAUUUUAGCACCUUCGUUCAGCGCCAAGGCAGCAGCAGCACCAGUUUUCAGUUUCGUCUGAAAAGAGAUUAACAACAACAACAACAAUAAAAACAAAACUCACGUAAAAAUGAUUCACGUGGACGAAACCGACCCCGUUGGUGAUGUGCCACCGCCAUUUCCUUAUCGUGAGGUUCAGAUUGAGCGCGGCGUCGAUGCCAAACAGCUGUACGAGCUGAGUACCGAAAUUGGAAGAGGCAAAUUCGGAGUCGUACAUAUCUGCAAGGAAAAAUCCACCGGCACUCGGCUGGCGGCCAAAUUCAUUCAGAUCGUCAAAAAAGGUGAUCGACGGAACAUUGACCGCGAAGUUCACAUGAUGAAUGUCCUGCGUCAUCCAAAAAUUGCUCAGCUGUACGGAGCCUACGAAUUCGACCGCACCUUCUGCAUGGUUAUGGAAUUAGUUGAGGGAGGCGAGCUGUUCGAUCGCGUACUGGACGAUAAGUUCAUCCUAACGGAGAAGGCUUGUUCCAUCUUCAUGCGACAGAUUUGCGACGCCAUUCAGUACAUCCAUAGCAACAACAUUGUGCACUUGGAUCUGAAGCCGGAAAAUAUCCUCUGUCUCACGGAGAGUGGGAACCGGAUAAAGAUUAUCGAUUUUGGUCUGGCUCGUGAGUACGAUCCAGACAAUAAGUUGCAAGUGCUGUUCGGUACGCCGGAAUUCGUAGCACCGGAAGUGGUAAACUUUGAGGCGAUCUCCUUCGCGACCGACAUGUGGAGUGUGGGCGUUAUCGCUUAUGUGCUGGUGUCCGGCCUUUCUCCCUUCGCUGGCGAAGAUGAUAUUCAAACCAUGGCAAACAUCACGAUAGGCCGAUAUGAUUUCCUGGAUGAAGCAUUUGACACCGUUUCUGAAGAAGCGAUAGAUUUCAUCAACCGCUGUUUGGUCAAAGACCAGAAGGAACGACUCACCGCAGAGCAAGCGCUGAAGCACAAAUGGAUCAAACGAAAACCGCAAUACUAUCCGACAAAUCGACGACCUUCAAUCACCACCUUCAAGCCAGUGCUGUUAGAAACCAACAAUAACAACAACAACACGUCCGACGCCGAAAUCGACAAAGAGAACCUCAAGGAACUGGUCUCCAAGUGGAACGAGAACCCGAACAAUCGCUACGCCUUCGAACAGGCAACGGAGAAUGUCAUCUCGCCCAGUGGAGAAACGGUUCAAAUCAGACGCCCAGAUGCUGGCAGCCGGAGGGGCAGCUUAGCUAGAGGCGACGAAGACCCGUUGCUAUUGUCCCCAUCAUCGUCAACUUCCUGCUGUUCGUCUUCGUCACCACUCUCAUCGGAAGUGAGCGCUACUAACAUGCAACAACCAAAUAGUGAGAGUUUCAUCAAUUCCCCGCCACCAACCCCUGUCUCAUCUCGCCCUGCACUAGUACCGCUAGAAGUAGUAUCUAACAUCACAGAGCCGAGUGCCGGGGGUACCAUCAUCUGCGGUAGCGAAAUUACCUCCAACACUAGCAGCCGUAAUUGCAAUAAUAGUAGCAAUAGCAUAAGUACUUUUAGUAGCUUUGAGCGAGCACCACCUGCAGUUCAAUCACCACAACACGGAAUGUCGUCACCAUCUGAUCACCAUUCUCGUUCAUUUUUCUCAGAUCAUCACUCACAAUCCCAGCAAGCCCAGCCGACCACCAUCGGUAGCCAAACGACACCGAUGGAGAUGGUGGUUAUGCCAACCAAGGUCAAGGUAUGUCAUGAGUUACGAAUGCUCUCCGAUUUACUAAAACUAUCUACCACUAUCCAAUCGAAGGAACCCGUGCCCGAAACCCACCCGAAACAAUCACCCCUACAAGAAUCCCAACAACCACAGACACAGAACAAUACUACACUGAAUAAUGGAUCAAGCACACCUGUCACCCCACUAAGCCCUACCACUCUCAGCACGGCCGAACUGGACACGGACCUGGAGAGUAUUAAAUCCAAGGUGAAAACCAAAACGUCCAAGGCGCAGAUCAAGUUAAACGAACUAGCGCAGCAACCAGAGUUCCUCUCGAACGAAACCUUCAAACUGCAGACGUUCAAGUUCCUACCGAAAUCGAUCAGUCUAUGCAACGACGAUUCAGUAUUCAAAGAUAACUACACCAAGUUCUGUGAUCGCAAUGCAAUUUUGAAACCUCCUCACCUUCAAGAAUCAGAACCGUCCACGACGUCCUCCGAGGAAGUGACUUCCAGCAACACCACCACGACAACCGAAGUCUCCGAGGGCACCAAGGUGACCGUAACUAAAACAACCAAGACUACCAAAACGGGACCCGACGGAACGAAAACCGUUACCGUUCGGAAGACGAUCGUCAAACAGAAGAAGAUCACCGACGAAGACACCGACAAGGGCAAGCUCAAGACCCAAGGCAAUCUUAGCAAGCAGGACCAACCACAGCCUGCAGCCACCGUGAAACGAACCAAGUUCCGUGUCAACCAAAUGAGCAGCCGUGACGUUCCCGUCGCGAUCAACAACGUGGCCAAGCGGUAUCUCGAACAGAACCGAUUAAUCAGCACCGAGUCUGCCACCGUUCCCAAGGAUGACUGCAUUGUCAAGAAGAUUCACCACAAAACCAGCCUCAACCAUUUCCAACAGCAAACAACAUCGCAAACGGAAACCACCAACAAUUUGAAAAAUUCGAUGAAAACUCGCAGCAUUUCCGUCGAUUGGGAUGCCGUAAAUGCGGUGGAAAACCGAUCGAUGAAAACGAUCAAUUCCUUCCUGAGGCGCACAUCGGCAUCCACUGCCAGCUCGGCGGUCAAACAAAUCCAAGCACAAAUCGAGGCUGGUAUUCACAAAUAAGUCACGCUGCAACUCGAGUCGUUUUCUAAUGUUACGCUUAAAUUCCAUUCAAUUGUCAUCGUUUUCACCAAUUUGUACGUGUGCGCAUCUGUUUAACAAUACGGUGUAAUGUGAAAGACACUAUUCAUAUCCUUUUCAAAACAACAACUCUAGUCGAAUAUCACUUCAUUUGUUAAAUGUAGUGGGCCAUUUCGUUUCCAGUUAUCAUCACUUUCCCCUCCUUCCACUAUCUGUUCACACUCACUACCUAUAUGUAUCACAACAAUGCCUGGUCUACAAUUUAAUGAUAUUUAUUAAAAAGCACAAUUGUAAUAGGUAUAAAGAAAUGAGGAGGGAACCGAACAAAAUGUUAGAAAUUUACAUUCAAAUGUUACCGCGAUUAGCGAAGAAACGUUGUGAGAGAAGCAAGCAUGAAAAAGAAGAAAGAGAUGUUAGUACAGUGUUUAUGUUAAUGUUUAACGAGUAAAUCAAUGAAAAUUUCAUCAACCGUCAUGAAGCAUGCAGCUGAAAUGUAUAUACUCAAAGUAUCAUUCAGGCUUGAUAAAA